AGCGCGUUUACCUUGAGGUCGAAGAGUUCCAUUCGACAACACCGUGAAUUUUCGCAAAGAUGGGUGUGAUCUGGCAGGGAACUAAAGCCGCACUGUUCUGUGGAGCUGCUUAUACCCUAGCGAAGGCUGACGUUUGGGGCGACAACAAAGCCACGAUCGAGUACGUGAACAGCAAAUGCGAAUCCAGUGACAGAAUCAAAUAUUACAAGAUGAUGAUCCCGAGCUCCGCUGAACUGAGAAUCCGGUUUGCGGACUCAUGGAAUAAUGGUGUGCGUUCGGUAUUCUCCUUUGUUGACAAUCUCCCAACGCAUACUGUCAACGCGGCAUGUUGGACCUCGACUCAGAUUCAACAAUUGGCCGCGACCGUAGGAGAAUCGAAAAAAGAAUCCUCAACAGCCCCGGCAGCACAGCAGGAAGCUGCCAAAAAGAAGUGAACAAAUAUGUUGUUUAGUUUUUCAAUUGCGGAAAAAUAAAAGAAUUCUAGUGU